UGACCUACGGCAUUCAGUCGCGCUGGAAAACGGGUCGUCCCCCAUCUCGUUGGCCGUACCGUGCAAAGUCGUGACCGCACUUUUCGAAGUUUGGAAGGUCGAUAGAAUGACAAGUAAAGGUAUCAUCUCUGUAUCUCUUUGAUCAUCUACUUCCACUCAAAGACACUUGGUCAAGGCUUGAUUUAUGACCUUUCGUAUCCACAACGCCAUGAGCGCGGCGAAAUGGCGCACGACAAAGCCGACUCUGCACACGUAGAGCAUCCCGAGCAUGAAGCCGCGCUCGCAGGAGCUCUCGCCCUCGCCAACCUCUUCAGCAACUGUGUCGAAGCCUUCGGCCUAAUACACCCUUCCCACAAGUCGGAGAAGGAAGAGCAACUCCUCCUCUCACGACUUGGUCUCCAGCAAGCUCGUCUGCUAAUAUGGGGCGACAUUGUGGGAGUCUCCUCGCCACCCAAGAACGUCACGGAUCGCGCAGUACCCAAGCAUCCUAGUGCGCAGUAUCCUGACCUCAAUGAGCCCACCUUCUUCGGCCCACGGGACACGAGGUUGGAUGAGGAGAAGACGAGGACGGAGAUCGAGAAUGCAUUAAGUGCGAUCGUGGACCGCUCAUCAGGACAGAGUCGGGAGCAGAUGAUGGAGAAGUACGGCCUGAAGCCGCCCAAGCGCGCCCUCGCAACGCAGAUCGAGCCGGCGCUGGACAUUCAGCGGCUGGAUGGGUUCCGGGAGCGCUUCGCGCUGCUCAAGGAGGUUGUGGAGGAUUACGCGCAACUCAAUACGCGGCGCAGCAACUCGAUUGUGCAGACGAGUUGGAUGAUUGCGGACUCUACGCGCUUUGGGCGCUUCAUCACGCUCACGCAGGAAAAGGUGGAUUACCUGAUCACUCUCAUGGAUAUCAAGGAGCGGGUGGACCGAGCCAUGCGCAUAGACAUACGAUCCCUCGGUUGGCAUCUCGCCGCUGACCGACAGCGAGUCGCACUCGAUGCGUCGAAGCUGAGGCUAUUGCAGGAGCAUUGCAGGACCGAAUAUCCGGAGUACCUCGACGCCGUGCAGCAAGCGUUGAACAACAUCCAGCGAGAGACGCGCGAGAAUGCGCCGGUGGUCAACCCGUACGCCGCAGCGCCGAGGACGGAGAAGCCACUCUUGCCCAAGUCUUCUCACACUCACGCGAACGGUGAGCGGGGGAAGCAGAAGCCGCCCAGCAUCUUCAGCAGACUCACGUCGUUUGGCAAGUCGAAGGAUAAAGUGCCGCAGAAAGGGCGAGCUCAGAGCAUUGACGCCGCGAUGUCGGAUCCGCCGCGCUCGCUUUCGGAUGCUGGUCCGACUCGCUACGAUGCUGAUGACGAUGGUGGGGCGCUUGAGCCGAUUCGGUCGAAGUCUGUGGGCCAUAUCAUGGAAGGCGGGGAGAUGGGCGCGUUGGAUGAGGACUUCAUUAAUAACCGGUUGGCGCAGAUGCGAACAACAGAUCCGGCAAAGGAGCCGUUGGAGAAUACUGAUUCGCUUGCCGGUCAGAUCAGCAGGCAUGAUCAGUAUCAUGGCAUUGCUAGAACGCAGACGAAGGAUCUGAGGCAAGGGUGGUGAUUUUGUCAUAUCGGUGAGGGUGAUAACUGCAACGAAGAGAUCGCAAGCGUCGUGAGGUCAUGU